AUGAUCCGCUCAAACCCCACCGCCAUCCCCCUGCGCCCAUCAGACCUCAAGCUGCUGCAGGCCGAGCUCGACGCGCGACGCGCCGAGCGCGAGCGCGAUACCGCCGCCGCUUCCGGCAGCGCCAACGCCGCCAACACGAGCACGGCGGCCGCGUCCAGCCGGCACAAGUCCAACACGAGCAUCUCGACCAAGACGAACGGCGCCAACGGCAGAGCGCAUUGGAAUGUAGACCUGCCACUGCAUCGCUUCAACGUAGUCGAGCUUGAUUGCGGCGUCAAGCGUCCCCCCACCUUUGAAUGUCGCCAGUGUGUCGACUCUUUGCCCCCUGGCUGCAUUGACGAGCCUAUGGAGCGCAUGUGCAAGGACUGCCUCGCCGUAUCCCCAAGUGCUCACAGCUACCCUCGCAUCAACCUCAACCGUCCCUCGUCUCACACUUGCUCUGUACCGCCCUCUCUCAUACCUUGCACACAUUAUUAA